CCCCCCUCUCGGUUACAUCGAGUCGACAGCCAAAUCCCUAUGCACAACAAACAACAAGCCGAUGUCAAAGAGAAACUCCGCUUGUACCACACCUGGAACGUUAUGUGGACUUGCCGCCUCCCGCCCCUGCCCGCCCAUUUGACCCAACCGCUUGUCUGUCCGCGUGUCGGGUGUACCGUGUGACAGGGUCGCUGACGGGUCAACCGUCUGAAGAAAGGGGAUGAGCAGCGAGUCAGGGCCAGCUGAUAUGUGGCAGGCCAGAGACGGGACGACUUACGGUUCGGGAACAAUUGGUUCCAUGGGCCCUUGACAGGAUUCUUGUGUUACCGCGCCACCAACAAGCGAGACACGCCACACUGACACACCACACACCACACACCGCACACCGACUCUCACCCACCUCUUCCCGCGUCACACGGCUCGCCUGCCCACUCACACUCACCUCUCCGUCUCGUCCAUGCCCGGUGGCGGCGGAGGAGGGGGAGGUGGUGGAGGAGACGGUGGCAGCAGCGCCAACGGCAAGUUGCUGACCUUGGCCUGCGACAGUUGUCGACGACGCAAGGUCAAGUGCGACGCCCAGACACCGGAAUGUGGUAGCUGUCGCUCCUCCAAGAUCCCCUGCAAGUACGAGUUGCCGCGGAAAAAACGAGGCCCCAAGCCCCGCGGUCGGGACCGAGACCGAGGAGGAGACCGGGACUCUUCCGCCAACAGGUCCGGCUCCGGUCGCGACUCGGCCGAUGCCGAUCAGUUCGAGUUCACUCCAACCGCCGCCGCACCUUACCCAUCGUCGUCGGCCCGGUCGAUGAGUGACUCCAUCGACAUCGACACGCCGUCACCCCAUGCAGCCGACGGUCGCACUACUCAUGUCGCGGUUGUUGCACAUCCUCCACUCUUAACCACACCCCCUACCACCACCACCACAACCACCACCACCACAGGGUCCACAACUGUCGCCGUCUUCCAUUCCGGCCCACCCUUGCCUUCCUCGCACCAGGCCGAUCAUCGCCAUCAUCUCUUCCAGCAACGUCCUGCCGCUCCCCCGCCGCCUCAAGCGCAUGCCCAUGUCCAUGCCCUUGGCGAUAGCCCCUGGAUCACCCCCAGCACCAGCGCCAGCGCCAGCGCCAAGGGCCGUCUCCCAAGCCACGGAGACUUGACCGUCCCCUGCUUUGACAGCCGGCCUCUCUCGCCCCUCGAAAUCCAAGAAACCUUGGUCGCCGGGGUGGAACGCUUUGGCGCCUCCGUCGAGUACAUCGCCUGCCGCGCCGUCGAGGGCUAUAUCGAGCGGCUCUUCGGCAUCGUACCCAUCUUCCACGUGGGUAACCUACGAGCGUCCGUCUCGCUUCUCAUCCACCCAUUUAGCUCCAGUGCCGUCGAGAGCCCCGCCGCUACGACGAACUCGUCCUCCUCCCAAUAUGGCGGUCCAUCAUCGUCGGCGCAUUCUCACGCCUCCCCCUGGGAGGAACUCCGCACCUUCACCCUCCUCACCUCUCUCUGCGCCUCCCAGUGCAUCAUGUCGUCCAUCGUCCCUCCGGGGUGCGAUGAAGCGGCCAUCUCCCGGUGCUUCUUGAGCGCUUCCCGCGCCAUGCUGGCCCAUUUCGAGGACCGCGACAUCAGCCACCCCAACUCGAGCUCCCUCAUCAUCCGCGUGUUCCAGUCCAUCACUUUUCACUGCAUCGGGAAAACCCGCAUGUCCAUGCACCUCCUCAAUAGCGCCUACUCCAUGACCCUGGCCAUGCGUCUCUACGACGAGUCUUCUCUGCAGGGGGUCGACCCGAUCGAGGCGCAAAUCCGGCGAAACUGCUUCUGGACGCUCUUCGCCUCGGACAAAUCAGCCUCCAUCCUGAACAAUAUGCCCUCGGCCAUCCAAGAGUUGUGUCUGGACCGUCCCAUCACCCUCGCUUUCGAGGGCCCGGACGAGCCCAACCUCUUGGACGGAUCCUCUCACCCCACCACCAAGCCUUUCGAGCGCCAGCUUCUCGCCGGGUUUUACAUGUGCAACCAGAUGUGGGCUGCCGGCUCGGAUAUCCUGAUCGACAUGCGCAUCCUGGGCCGCAUGUACACCAAGGCCUUCCCGGGUGCUGCAGACGCGCCUAUGCAUCCACACCACCCCCUAGACGCCCCCUCGUCCUCCGUCAUGCGGUCGUACAUGGCCUUCUGCGGAAUGCUCGACGCCCUGCCGUCUUGGUUGCGCGAUCCUGACUCGCACACCGUCGCCGACCCGGACGACAUGGAUGGGUCCGUCUCCGCCGCGGCGACGGAGUACCAGCGCCGUGGAUUUUGGGUGCAGAGGGCGAACCUGCUCGUCACCUUCCACUGCCUCCGCCUGGUGAUCUUGCGACGGGCUGCCCAGCUGGGACUCUGCCACUUGCUGGGCUUCACGAAUGAUGAGUCGAUGCUGUCGCUUCACAGGACCGAAAUCGCGAGCGACAUGGUGGCUGCCGCGACAAGUGUACCUUUCGACGCUCUGCAUACGAACAGCGAGCCUUGCGUCGAGAAAUUGCGCCAAGCCGGCAUGGAUCUGCUCGAAAUCGCCCACAAGAGCAGUGAAGCCAUUGCUGCCCGUGCCAGAGCCAUUUUGGACGAUCUACUGGACGUUAUUUCCAAGCUAAAUUCCCGGGUCUCUGAUGAGUUGGGCGGUGACCUCAUGAAUUGAUCUAAUCCAUGGGCCCGGUCGCCGGCC